AUGGAAUCGAGCAACUCGUCGACGAAAAGUCAGACAAUGCCGUCAACGACUGCCGCACCGGAACAGGCGCCUCCCAAACCUGCUGCCACACCCGCUGCGCACUCGCCAGCACUGGUUUGGAUCCAUGAAUUCGUGCUCUACGCGAGAAUGGUGGACCCCAACGUGUCUUGCCAAGAGCAGUGCGUUGGCAAACGUCAUGUCUCUGUUGCGCGGGAAUGGACAGCGGAACCUUGGCAGUCCCGAGACACUGCACACGUCGUGCCGCUCCUGCUGCCGACCACCGUCCAGAAUGAACAGACCCUUGGGCCAGGGCACAGGCUGGAACAGUGGAACGCGGGCGACACGAGCGCUGAUGGGACCGGAGACCCGAUCGGGGUCACGGUCGCGAUACACGAUGCGCUGCACCAACUCCUCCUGAGGUUUGUUUGUGUAGUGAGUGGUGGAUACACUCUCUCACUUGUCGUUCCUGGUAAAGGCUCAGAAUCCAAGCGCCGCCCGUCACAGACACAACUGCUAAAGCGCACCACGUCCGUCCGCUACACAUGCCUAGUACCGCCACCACCGUCUCCAGCAGCCGGCCUCCCCCCAUUCGUGCUACGACCAACACAGUGCAGUGUUUGA